CCACUCUUCGCUCUGCUUUGAGCUUCAUAACAAGGCUUCAACUCGAAUCGGUCUUCACAUUUGACACUUUCAAAAUUCAACGCGUUCAACUCAAAACACAAAUCACGUUGGUGCUCGAUGUUUUUGUAUCCUGGAAACGGCAAGAAAGUCAAGUCAAACUCCCCCCCCCCCUUACACGGAAGUCUUUGUGGUGUUAUGUUUUUUCUUUCACGAGUUGCUUAGGUUAGGCUUAAAGGGUUAAAAAGAUUCUUUUCUUUUCUUCUCCCGAAUGUUUCCGGUGUUGGAAGCCGAAGCUCUCCUCUCCGUGGCGUCGGUCAACGCAUCGGCGGUGCGUUCAGGAACUCGGUUCGGGCUCCAAAGAAAGUUUUCAGCAGUUACACGGCGGCGAGGGAGGAAGGAAAGAAGGAAGGAAAGAAGGAAGGAAGGGAAGAGGAAAGGGAGGGAAAGAAGGAAGGAAGGGAGGAGGAAAGGGAGGGAGGGAAAGAAGGAAGGCAGGCAGGAAGGAGCCCGCCCGGCACAAAACAAAAACAAGAAAGAGGCGACGGACGAGGCAGGCAUGGGCUGCGGCCAUAGCAAGAAGAAAAAUAAGAAAGGCGGCGGCCGCCGGGAUGGAGGCGAGCGCCACCUGAGGAUCCUCAAAGACGUUUUCUCGGCCGACGGCGGCGCGGACAGGGCGGAGCUUCUCAAGGCGCACGCCGACGAGGAGGCGUGCGCGCUGCUGCUGGCGAUCCUGGACAAGGUCAAAGCGGAGACGAGCGCGCAGCUCAACGCGCUUCACCAACAGCGACGACAGCAACACCUGCGAGACGCGGAGCGACUUCACCGGGAGGUCGAAGUUCAGCUGACCGAGAAAUUUCAGAUCAGUGAAAAGCUUUUGAAGGCGGAGAUGAGCGAGUUGAAGGCGGAGCUCGAGCGAUACGGCGAGCUGAAGAGGCGCGUCCAAGAGUCCACCUUCAAGGAAGAUCUCGGACGGAACAUUCAGGCGCACGGCAGCCCUGGUGCAUUCUGGGAGUCGGAGCAGGAGUCCUUGCUGUUCGUCAUCGAGAUGAAGAGCCAACUCGUCCGAGAGCAAAACGACAAGUUGCGACGUUUGGAGCAACUGGAAGAGGAAAAGGCCCGUUUGGAGCAGCGCUUGGCGCAAACUUUGCAGCAAAACGAGCACUUGCGAGCCAGCGCCCACCAAAACCAAAGCGUCCUGCGACGCGUUCGCAGCGAGCACGAAGACGCCUGCGCGUCGCUGGAGCGUCAACGCUUGUUCAACCGGAUGUUGACGCAAGAGAAAGAGGAGCUCCUCUUCAAGCUGCGACCCGUCGACGCGACGUCCUGAUGGGUCGCCGGGACGUCGUCAUUUCAAAACCAAAACAAAUUCUGAUGUUUGUUUUUUUUUUUUUUUGUCGUAUCAGCUUUUUUGUUUGUGUUUUUGUUUACGACUGACUUUCCCGUUUUUGUUUGUUUUUUUUGGGGGGGGAGGUGUCCUUAUUUCAAAAGUUUCCAACAUGUGAACUGGGGACCACUCAAAUGAAGCCUGAGCGCCAUGUUGGUGUUUUUCCAAAUGUGAACGUUUGAUGCCGUCAUGUUAGCAUGUUAGCAUCAUUGCAAGCUGCUUGUUUUAAGUUGUUUUUUUUUUUUAAACUUUGUGAAUUUUUUUGCCAAAGAUUUGUUGGUGUUGUGGUGAAAAUGAAACUUUUUCAUCACUUUCUGUAAAUUCAACUUUGUCAUGUCGGACUGGAGAUUUAAAUGUUUACUCGUGUACGAGGACAAAGAAAAAUAAGCCCACCAAAAAGUAUUAUUAUUAUGGAAGAUUUUUUUUCUGGGGGGGUGUCUGUAUUCUCAUAUUUUCAAGAAAUACUUGACAUUUUUGGAAUUGAAAAUGUAUAUAUACCUGAAAAGGUAUUUUUGUAGUAAAAAGUCUCUGAAAGAAGAA